AUGGGGAAAUACACAUUGCGUCCCUCAACAUCAACACAUAGUGGUUGGUCUCCCGGAGCUAUCAAUGUGCCAGAGGAGGAUAGGCCAUUUGAGGCCACCAAGAGAGACAUUCAGCAGCUGUUUGCACCUUUCGCGCAGCCUGCUCGCCAUUUUUCAAAACCUUCCUCCCCUCCAUCCCCCACCACCACCAAACCCCACCCUCCCUCCUCCCCCUCUUCCCCCAACCCUCAGCUCAAGAGCAUGCGGCUUCCCCGCAAGUUCAACGGGGGGCACAGGGGGUUUGCGUUUGUGGAGUUUGCAACAAAGAGGGAAGCUGAGAGUGCCUUUGAUGCGCUCAAGAGCACCCACCUGUAUGGCCGCCACCUUGUGCUUGAAAGGGCCAAGGAGGGCGGGGGGCUUAACGAGCUACGUGCCAAAACUGCCGUCCAGUUUCUGGAUGGCGGGGCGGGCGGCGUGCGGCAGAAGAAGCGUGCCAAGCUGGGGCAGGGCGUGGAUGACAGUGAUGUGGCAUUUCGGGAAAUGCAGUUUGGUUGA